UUGCGAGCAUCAGCGCAGCAGAGAGAAGGGACAAUUCUCUUGGAAUUGCCGACGGACGGAAAGACGGAGUGCGUGGGUGACGGCAAUGCAGCAUUUCAGUUCCUUUUCUGUGUCAGCGACAUCAUUCUCUCGUCCAACAGGAGAGCAAGGAAUGGGAACUUCAAGAUCACGGCGAUGGCCUGUCCCUUUUGUUCGCUUUCUCGCGAUUGUCCUGCUUGUGAACGUGAGGGGGUUCGCGCAUGCUGCACAGGGCGACCCUUGCACGACCUUUGCAGAUUGCCCCAUGGAUGAUCCCCUUCGCCCCAUUGUGAGCUGCCAGGACGGCCACUGCAAAUACGGCCAAUUUGAGGGAGGAGUGCUGUGCAGUUACCACCAUCACUGCAGACAGGCGUUCGGAGUUGGCAACAUGUGCUGCGGCGGUGUUUGCCAGAAGACAGAUUGCUGCCGCCAUCACGACUGCAAGCCCGGUCGAAAAUGUUGCAGUGGGGCGUGCGUGAGAUCUUGCAAGCGUCUGCACUGCGUAAAAGGUGCAAUCUGUUGGAACCGGGGGUGCGUGACGGCUCAGUGUUGAAGGGCGCGGACUGUGGGAUUGGUGCCGGUCGGGCAGGUGCUGCAGAGGGAAGUGCUGCACAGGGAAGCGCUAAGGAGGGAUGCCGUGCAAACGUGGGUGAGCCUUGUAAGAGGCUAAAAGAGGUUGAAGAGGAAGAGGAAGAAGAGGAGGUUCAACCACUGGAAAGGAGGAGAACCUGGGAAGUCGGGCAAUCCAGUGGGGAUGAUUUGGAGAAGAAAAUCUUUGAAUGGGUUGCCAACUUGUCUGUCGGGGAAGCAGAAGAGGUGGCCAUGUAUAUCCCAAAGGCGGAGCAGGAAGCUGCUAUGGAGUGGGAUGCAGAAGAAGAUUCCCUGAAGAGAGGCAAUGGAGGACAAGAAGAGGAUGGAGUGGCGUUACAGAAUGUCACAGGAGAAGAAGAAGAGGAUAGACGCGGCCAGCGCAGCCCCACAGGAGGUGGCCGAGAUCCGAAGGAGGACCAAUACGAGUUUAGCCGAGGGCAGGAUAUGACUGUGCGAGCGAUGCGACUGGGGUUUAGGGACUUUGCUCGCGAACUGGUAGGCGCAGUAGGGGCCGAGGUGAAACAUCGCCUCGAGAAGACCGAACGGUUCUCCGUGGGCGCCAUCGAAGGCACCAAGAUAGCGGCUCCUAAGGAAGAAGAAACUCGACCGCGUAGAGAACCGGUCAAAGUCAAAUUUCCUGAUUCCUACAGUGGGAAGAAGGAGGAAAACUUUGACAACUGGGAGGCCAACGUGAAGUCUUGCGUGCACCUGCGGAAAGUCUCCUCUGAUGAGCAAGUGCUCAUCGCCAUCCACGCGCUAAAAGAUGAUGCUGCCAACUUUGCCAGAUCCCUUGUCCGCGCUGCAAACUGCAACGAGGACCCGGUUGCUUACUCUGCUUUUACUCCCCUCGCUGAGUUCCUCAAAUUGUUGCGUGAGCGUUUUGCGGAUGUGUCGCGCAGUGUCAAAGCUGCUGAUAGGCUGCAGACCAUCCAUUCUCGUCAAUGGAAGAGCGCUAGGGCACUCAAGGGUGUCAUGGAUGAGUUAGUGGUUGUUCCGGACCACGGGGUCACUGAGCCCCAGUUGGUCAAGCUCUUCUACCGGGCUAUGCCCGAAUCUCUCAGAGGGCACUUCUUUGCGAAGGCCCAAGACCCUGCCACCACUUAUGAUUCGUUGAGUAGGGAAGUGGUGGCUUUUGAGGCCAAUUCUGUGUCAGUUUCCACUUUCUGGCACAAAGAUUUAGACAAGGGAAAGAAGUGGAAAGGUCGCACUAUCUCAGGGCAGAUUAAGACCAAGGAUAGUUUAGUCCUGACCCUGGAUGAAGGAAGUGUGGACGAGAUCCCCUACGAACAAAUUGAGUGGGGGUUAGAGGAAGAGGACAGCGGCGCAAGCGAAGGGAGAACUUAUGCUGCUGCCGCAGCUGGAGGGGGGCCGCAAGGAGGAGGACGAGGCCACGUCUUAGACGGAGACGGCGUCAGGCCCGAGGAUGCCAAGAUCGUAGCGAUUAGAGAUUGGCCCAUACCGCGGACGCUAACAAAAUUGCACUCGUUCCUGGGCUUAGCUAACUACUAUAGGAAGUUCGUGAGGAACUUCUCCACCAUCGCUGCGCCCCUUCGCAGAUUGUUGAAGAAAGAAAUAAUCUGGAAGUGGGACAAGGACUGCACGUCUGAUAUGAAGAAGUUAAAGCAGGCACUAAUUCGAUUCCCAGUCCUCAAAGUCGUCGACCCGUCCUUACCAUUUGUUGUCACCACUGACGCCAGUCAGUAUGGUAUAGGUGCUGUGUUGCAGCAAGACGAUGGCAAUGGUUAUAGACCCGUAGAGUUCAUGUCUGCUAGAAUGCCUUUAGAGAAGGUAGCAGCAUCCACCUACGAAAGGGAACUCUACGCUCUCAGGCAAGCGCUAGACCACUGGAAGCACUACUUGCUUGGGAGGCACUUCAAAGUUUACUCAGACCACGAGACGUUAAGUUGUAAAGUUUGCCAGAGGAACAAGACAACGACGCAUGCCCCUCUUGUUCUCAGACCCUUGCCUAUCCCUGACCAGCCGGGUGAUUCAGUGUCCAUUGACUUCAUGGACACCGGCAUCAAGAGUAGGCAUGGCAAGAGCCAAGUUAUGGUCGUAGUAGACAGGUUUAGCAAGGAUGCUAUUUUUGUACCUUUGCCUUUUGAGGCUAGGACAAAAUUAGUAAUUCAGAAGUUCUUUGACCAUUGGUUCAGUGAACACGGGAUCCCACUGUCCAUAGUUAGCGAUAGGGACACCCGGUUCACAAGUCAGAAUUGGCAGGAGUUGAUGCGAGUCUACGGAUCCAAGUUGUUAAUGUCAUCUGGCCGUCAUCCUGAGACAAACGGUCAGGCUGAGCAGAUGAACAAGAUCCUGCAGGAAGUCCUGUGCAUGUACAUUAGACCUGAUCAAGUCAACUGGGAUGAAAUGCUCCCAAAGGUCGCUAGUGCGUACAACAACAGUGUGCAUUUGUCAACUAAUCGCACUCCCAACGAGUUACAUAAGUCCUUUAGACCGCGUAGGCCAUUUGAAGGACUUAACCGGGAUCAGAUUCAUAGAUUACCGCCCGGUACCAGGGAAUUUGCCAUCCAGCAAGAGAAAGAGAUGGCAACUAUUGUUGACAACAUCAGAAAGGCCCAGCACCGGAUGAUAGAGCAAGCUAAUAAGCACCGUCGCCCCUCACAAUUUCAAGUAGGCGACCUGGUCUGGGUCAAGUCUAAAGAGUUUGCGCCCGAGGAGAACAUUCCGCAGAAGUUGUUGCCUGCAUAUAGAGGACCGUGGCCGGUUCUAGAAGUCAAGGGCGGAGAGGACGGACCGUCCUAUACUAUAGAAAUCCCAGCACACCUCCACACGUACCCAGUAUUCCAUGCAUCAAAGUUGUUGCCUUGUCAGACCAGUGAUCAGUUUUCGUCCCGCAGAUCUAUGAUCCCACCAGAUAUGGACGGAAGGUACGACAUCGAUCGCAUAGUGGCCGAAGAUAUAUUUAGAACUGGAGAUAGGGGUCGUCCACAGAAACAGUACAAGGCUGUACCAGGACCAGCUGCUGGAGCUUCCAGCAGUGCACCCUCAAGCCGCCAACUGGAGGACCGCGUUGACCACGUAGUGGCAAUGCUCGGCGACAUCAGCACCUUCGCUGCGCCGACCACCACCAUCAGCAGUCAGCUGCAUACAUUGAAGACCGAGGUCAAGAAGCUGCAGUCGACGAACGCGGACGACAAUCUGAAGAUGUACAAGAUGCCAACUUUCAACCUGGAGAGGUUCGACGACUACACGCACCAGGAUCCCGUCCUCUGGUGGGAAGCAUUCACAACGCAACUCAGGAUUCUGCCAGUAGCCAAGCACGCGUACAUCGGCGCCCUGUUCCUGAACUCAAAGGGCGGAUGCCAGACCUGGUUGAGCCACCUGGCAACCUCCCACGAGGUCGAAGUACCAGACUUGAAGGGCGUAAUCACAUGGGAGGAACUAACACGGCUGUGGAAGAAGCGGUUCAUCGUCGACGACGCGCCGCAUCUACGCCGUGAGUUCUACAACAGGUCCUGUGCGGCAUUGAGCCAGGCUCUUGGUGAUCGCGAGCAGUACUCAACCUUCGCGGAGAUCAUUGACAAAGCGAGGGAGAUCUUCAAGACCAACAGGUCAGCUGCACACGAGAAAUCAAUAUCAUGGCAGCCGACCUAUGUGGAGAAGGUACGAACUGGUCCGCGACAGCAGCACUUCGCUGCAGUCCAGCAGGACAGUGGAGAUAACCCAGCAGCCACUCCAGCAUCAAGUGACGGAGAUCAGGUGGCCGCUGUCCAGCCGCGAAGCACCAACAAGUCCCGCAACAAUGGGAAGGCGAAAUCCGCAUCGCAGGCCGGAAAUGGACAGCCAGGACAGUUUCCAUGGGUCAAGUUUGGCUUGACCGAGGCGGAGUACAAGGUCCGCGGCCGCUACGGCAGCUGCUAUUGGUGCAACAACACCAAGCACAAGACCUCCCUUUGCCAAGAUCAGGGCAAGGAGGAAGUGCGACCCCGCCUCAGCUCGGGAAACUGAGCUCCGCGGAAGUACCAGCUCCGUUGAUGGACGCCGGAGCAGAGGUUGUCGACCUUCACGCUUUCAUCGCGAAGAUCGACCGCGAGUUCAAGACGC